AUGGCAUCGAUACCACCCCCAACUACCGCCGCACCUCCACCAACAGCAACAACAACCCUCAAAACCCUAACCUUCGAAAAGAAAAACACACACCUCCUCCACAUCCCCUCGAAACAAAAUGGCGACAGCAACAAAAAAACAUACCGCAUCGCCAAACGCCCUAUUCCGCGCGCGCCCAUUGCAUCACCUUACGCAGGCAGCCACGUGCCCAAACCCGUGUACAUAAGCAGCAAAACGCCGUUCAUGAGCGCCGUUAAACGCGUUCAGAAAUUGUUGCGGGCUGCUGAGCGCAGGGCUAUGGCGCCUCUUCUUGGGAUGGGGGGGAGGAGGCGGCAUCCCUACCAUCACCAGCAUGCGGGGAAGGGAGGCCGGGAUGUAUUGGAGAAGUGUCGUGCGAAAUUGAGGGAGGAAAAGGUUCUGAUCAAAGCGACGGGCAGGGCGAUUGAGAAGGCAUUGAGCGUGGGUCGAUGGUUUGAGGAAGGGAAGGGAGGAGGGGGCGAGGAGUAUGAGGUUGUGGUUAGGACGGGGAGUGUCUGUGUUGUCGAUGAUAUCGUCGAGGAGGAUGUGUCUAUCUCUGAUCAUGAAGAUGAGGAAGAAGAAGAGGGAGAGGGAGGGGGAAGUGUUGAUCCUGAUAUAACCAUGAGCAUGACCGCGACCAACUCGACGACAAACACACACGACAAAGACGCCGUAACAGAAGACAAACAGGAGAAAGAAGAAUCCAAAAACCAGCGCCGCCGACGCCGGAAACGUGAGCGCAUACGAGAACAACGCCUCAAGGCCUUUGUGGACGAAGACGGGGAGACGCCGGAGUCUAGGACGAGGUGGGUUAAUACGGUUGAGAUUGCUAUUAAUAUUAAAUAA